UUUGUGACUGUUGCUGUUGCUACCAGUCGCCGUCACACAAAACCUCGUUCGCAAGAACAGAACGCACAUUUUCGGGCUUGUGCUGUGUUAAAUUGCCCAUAAAAGCUAUUUAGCCUGCUUGGGUGUUUCUAAAAAUCGCAUCGAAUCGUACGCCAGGCCGUGCUGAAUUCGUUGCGAGUGCAGUACGGUCGGAUUUCGUGUCGGCAGCGGUGAAAAAUUCUGGUUAAGCAGAAAAUUUCCUCCCCGUCGCUGCUGUCAUCACCAAGCAAGCAACUCCGCACUAGAGGAACCACGGCGACACCACCAUUUAUCGUCGUGCUCCUUUCCUGGUGUACUGCUCUUGCUCUGCUGCUCGUUACCAUCGUCAUCGUUGCUCGUGCCUGCCUUGUUCGUUGGCCGCGAUUGCUGUGCGAAUCGGCCCCGGGAGUGAGUGAGUGCACGCGAGUGCUUAGUGUGUUGUGUCCGCUGGUUGUCUGCGAUUUGGCUCGGCUCGUCGUCUGUUCGCUUGAGCGAGCGCGCGUACGCGCCGUACGUCGAGACUUCGUUGCCGCUUUAGAAAUUUGUCGUGCGGGACUGUGCGAACGCCCGGGCGGAGCAUAAAAUGCUCUAGUUGAUGUCGCUCCCGCAAAUUGAAGACGCAUGGGAAAGAAGAGCGAUUUUCGCGAUUUGUAUUAAGAUUCGGCACGUGGCGACCCUGUUGCUGGGAACUCUGAACGCCGCCAUCAUUCGACUGGGAGGUGUGCAUUUAAUCGCACCAGGUUCGCCUCCCCCUCCAAGAGGAUCCUACGAGUGCAGGAACAAGGGAGUCGGACGUGAACAGUUUUUCGCAUCUCGCAGGCUCGCACGAAACCGAGAGAGUUGUAUCGCCAUUCGUUAUCAGAGUAUUGCUGUCGUUGCCGCCGCUUUCGCUUUUAUCGAGUGUGCGCGACCUCAUCUUCGUCAUCAUAAUCGCCAGAAACCGUUCCCCGCCGCCAUCCAAGGCUGGUCAGUUGUAAAUGAACAACCGGGCGAUCGCAAAUUUAACGCUACAAUUGCAGAAAUCACUGGAUAGCAAUUACGAUGUCGUUGAUAUGCAAACCGUUCUAUUCGUCAUACAACAACUUGAAAACACAACGAUUACUAAGGAACAAUUGGAGACCACCAGAUUGGCAAAAUAUAUCAAUGAAUUACGUCGUCGAACAUCGUCGGAAACGCUGGCACGCCGCGCAAAAAAUUUGCUUAAAAAAUGGCGCGAUUCUUUCAUGCCAACAUUUCAGCAACUGCCACCACCGCAAACGGCACCAUACGCAGCAGGAUCAGCCAACAACCCGGUCUUGUGCACACCACCAUUGGUUGCCGCCUCCAAUCAUAACCAAUCACAACAGCAGCAACCACAGCAUGCGAUUGUAGCGAAUAAUUUAUCAAUGAAUAGCAGUCAUACUACGAAUAAAAUCUCGACCGGAAGUGCCAACAAUAAUAAUAGCAAUACGAGUAGUAAAAACAAUAGCAAUUUAUCGAAUGGCGGAUUCUACCAACAGCAGACACAACAACAGUCGGUGGUCGGUUCACAACAACGGGUGGAUAUGUUGAAGACUCGGGGUACACGCGUAAUUUCCCCAAUGGUAUCGGGAGCUGCUGGCAUGAGUGGUGAUAGAAAACAGCAACAACCUACCAGUUUCGCAAAUGUGCUUAGUAAAAGUCAAAUGCCUGCAGCUCUUCCAGUUCAGCCUUCAACCGGAUACAAUUACUGCCGUUCUGAAUCGCCACUGCCAAAUAUAACGGCCGCCACGGCUAGCACUCAGCAAGCUACCCAUUCACGUCACCACCGACAAUCGCCGGUUAGCCUUUUGGACGACGAUUCGAAUCAUUCGCGACCACAACAGGUUGCAACAUCAUCUUCAAUGGUUAGAGCAGGUCUUCUCAAUGGUGAAAACAACUUGUUUGGUGUAUCUAACACCAGUGGGGUUGCUGGCGAUCUUCAUGAUUCCAAUUCUGUUUCAUUGGGCCUUGGCGCUGGGGUCGGUGGUGCCGCUGGGGUAAUGGACGAGCCACUAGGAGUGGUGCAAAAAGUGUAUUCAACGCCUCCUGUAAAUGCAGCUAUAGCGGAUAUUUGCUCUUCAUCGAGUAGCCAUCGUAAAAGUAAGAAACAUAAAAAAGAUAAGAAACGCAACAAACAAAGUCCAGAUAAACCGCCGCCUACCUCAGAACUAGCCACCCAAUUGAAGUCGCAUGCGAAUUCUCAAGGUGCAGCUUCAUUCCUUAACCAGUAUGUGGGCGAAUUUAGGCCAAUGGGCGGCGGUGACGACGAACUACACAAUACCACUAUUAGUGGAACGGUCUUCCCUCCACAUGAUAGCCUUUCGAGUAGCUCCAUGAGCCGGUUUCCGAGUAAUAUCAGUACCAACACAAUGACCAUGCAGAAUAGUAGUCCUUUAGUAGUUUCCCACAACGAUAUUGGUGGGCAGUCUGCUCCCAGUGAUUCAGAUCUAACUUUUGCUGGGAAAUUCAAGAAUAGCAACAACACGGGUUUCAGUAGUAUCAUAGCUGACAAUGCCACUCAUUCUGCAAUGAAAAAAACUUACUCGGACUCGUCGGACGUAGUGGUCGUCGAAAGUCGCAGCUGUUCUCCAUUCACAACAGGACAAAUGGGCCCUGAGGACAGUUGUUCUUCAUCUAGUCGUGCAACACUAGCAACAGAAACACUCCAGUUGAAUGCAGACAGCAAUCCAGAAGCCAUCAUUGCGUCGAAGAGUAUACAGUCACAACAACGAUUACAGCAGCCCCAAACAGGUCAGCAAGAUCACGGUUUGAAUUCCAAAAGUGUAACGGGAACAGCAAAUAUUCCCUGUGAUGAGUCAUCUUCGACAGUAGUUACUGAACAACAAAAUGCCGACACAGCAACAACGAUAGCACCGAAAAAACGUGGUCGAAAGAAAGGUUCACGGGGCUUUGAUGCAGUUAUUGCUCAAACUCAUGCCUUGCUCAACGUAUCAAUGUUUGAACGGCCCCGACUCCUGCUCGGCAGUAAAAAAGUCAAAACUACCAAAGAACUUUUGGCUGAUAUACAGAGUAGAAAACUAGGUUCGUCAGCGACAUCAUCGCCAACAUUAGCGGCUAGUCGACAAUCGGUAUCACCGUCAACUUGCUCAGAAGCUUCUUUCCAGUCAGACCUCACCAAUACGAGAGUUUCUCUGCUAAAUACUCGUUCUUCUCCUGAGCUUGUAGGGACACUAACAAAUUAUCGACAAUCUGAUAUCGAUGACGUAAACUCCACGACGGAUUCAAAUGAUGCCAAACCACCACCAUCACUGGACCGUAAAAUCGGUGACAUAAAUAAAGCUGGGCCAUUCCUUUCGUCUGUUGACGAAUACCUGCACAAUCUGAUGAAGCAGCUGCCUCCUAUAAACUAUUCGAAACUGAAUCAAAUUGAUUCAGAUUUUGUAUGUACUUGUACAGUGCGCGCUGUAGAACUGGUAGUAGAGUCACCGAAGAAGGAAGUCGUUAUAAUCAAAUCAGAGGACGAGGAAGAUCAUCUGGUGCGCGCAGGAGGUGACGGAUCCAAUUCAAAAACGCACUUAGUGAAAGGAGAUAUACAGUCCGAUUCAUCAUUAUCUGUGCUGAACGCUGCCACAAUAGGAUCUAUACCUUCGAUGAUUGCAGAAACCUGCUCAACUGUCAAAAAGUCUCCUAAGAAACCAGUUAAAUCGAUUUUUGAUUUGGAUUAUGACGAGGACAAUGACCCUCUUCAUAGUUUCGUGGAAGCGGCCAAGUUACGCUUAAGUCAGAAGGCUGCGGAUGUAGAGGGCGCAGUUCUUAGUCGGCAGCAAACCGGAUCAGAUGGCCAUAACGCUACUAGUGAAGCGGGAGGCAACUUUAUAGCUGUGAAUAGUAUAGGCAAAUCAGAUCAUAUUAUCAGUAGUAGUAGUCCAGUAAUUUCGAUAGUAGCUCCUUUUUCGGCUGUAGCAAACGCUGUUUCUCUCCCUGCGCCUCCAGUUCCGCAGUCUACAUUUUUGGAUGGUUCUAUGCCACCCGAUUUACCACCACCCUCAUUUCCACAGUACGAGGUUGUGGAGGAUCCAAAUUGUGCUGCAAAAAAUCGUUACGAGAUCCAAACGAACUGCAUAACCAAGCAUCAUAUAGAUAUACUUCACAACUGUUACGUGAAAAACGUGAAUGGCAACUGGAACGCGCCCGUGCCCAUGUCGGCGGAACACAGGAAGCGAUUGCGUAGAUACUAUUUGAAAACAAAAGGGACCGCCGCUACCUCUACCGUUACCACAAUUAACGGCAAUGAUGUAAUUGAAAAUAAUACAUCCGGAAAAUGCAGCAGCUCGUGGGUAACUGAUGAAAAGUUUCUGGAGGCUAUUCAAUUCGGUGGAAGUUCAAGCGGCGAUGAAGCACUCUAUGAGCGUGUUGUGCCGCAAUACGAUCACAUCAUCAUGGAUAGAGUAGUUAAAGAUUUAAGUGAAGUGAAAUUUACACCAAACUACAUGAGAAAAAAGUUACGGCGACUGAAACGGGAAAAAGAGCGAACUGCAGCUUCAUCUUCUGUUAAAAGUGAGACAAAUUUAUGCAAUAAUAAGCAAAAUAGCGUUAGUGAAAGUAUGACAACGGGAAAACGUAAACGAUCCCGUACAUUAUCAGGCAAGGACACAACGGACUGUAAUAGCGAUGAAGAUGGCGUUGGCGCUGCUAAUGGGGAGAAACACAAACAUCAAAGACGUAAAAAGCAUAGCAAAGUACGAGAAACCAAUUUAGAGACUAGUACUAAUGUAGAUAUUAAUUUAAGCAGAAAUAAGGUAAAAUGUGCGGCAAUUCGUCCAGCCGAGGAGGGUGUCGAUAAUGGUGAAGGUCGAGAAGAUAGAAAUAAUCAAAUAUUCACAUCGGAUAAUCAUAAACCAAACAGAUUUAGCGAUACAGAUAAUGCGUGUGAUGUUGAUAUCUCACAGACGCCAGUUACUACAUUGCAUGGAUCGCCAAAGUCUGAAGAGCGACUCACUACGGAUCUGGAGAACAUUCACGAUCUCCACAACCAACGACAAAUUCAAAUGAACCCUCAUGCUCUGGUCCAUGAUGAAGCAAAACGGAGAAAACUUGGGCUCGACUGGGACCUGGAUCUAAAUCCGGACCUGGGUAUGGGCAGAGUCAAUAAGACUGACGACGACGAUCAUCAUGUUCAUAAGAAGGACACCGUCGAUGUAACACUUAUCGAAUCCUCUAGUAAUAGUAGUAAUAGCUGUACUAGUAAUAUAAACAAUAACAGUGGCGAUAAAAUUAAGGAGAACAAUCAGUUAGUAAUGACGUCAAUGUUGAAUGAGGAUGCGGGGGAGGGAAGUAAUUCGCACGAUUACUCUUAUUAUAGUGGAGAUGGGGAUACUGAUAUGAUAGACGCAGAUGGUGGUAUGGACGAUGAUGCCGAUGAAGACGCCGAUGAUGAUGAAUAUGAUGAUGAAGAUGAGGACUAUGAUGAAGACGACCAUAAUAACGAUGAAGAGCACGAAGUAGUCACACACGACAUGACGUCCUCUACCUCAACAACUAGUCAGCAGCAUAUCGUUUUGACGAUCAAAAAGAAAAUUUCCAAGUCAGCGUCUAGUCAUGGAAAGUCGGUCGGUAAUGAUACCGGGAAGGUGUCACCUCUGCGGCUCACUGCUGCAACGAUCAAUCUGGAGGAUAAACGAGAUAAGAACGAAGAGCAGCUUUCCAUCAUAACUUCAUCAGAGACCCCAACAACUAUAAAGAUACGUCGUAAAAAUCAUCAUCAGCAGAAGGCUAAUCAGUCAACAAAGGAGCAGGAGUCACAACAAAGUCGACAUACAAUAUCGGACAUAGAUUAUGGUGAUAACAACAAUAUUAAGAUUGCAAUCAAUCCUAUUUUGCAUAGUGAAGACGGAGGCAACCGAAAGAUAGAUGAGGCGAAAGAAACCAGCGAUAGUACGAUAUUGGACAAGGAAAGUAUAGAAGCAAGUGAAUUUAUUCGUGGUCAAGAUGAGCCCACCCAAAAAUCGGUGAAUUGUGGUAGCACUGUCAAACCUAGCACUGACAAUCAUACGAGUUUGCUUAUUCAACAAGCUGAAUUGGGAGAUGAAGGUACCUGUGAAGUCAAAAUGGAACACGUCGAUCGUCAAUCCCCAAUUUUUCCAUCAGCCGAUGAUAUCAAACAGGAAGCAAUGCCUCUUCAAUUAGAUCGGGAGGAGAAUUGUAAUAAAGACCAAAAACAAGUCCAGACUGCUCGUUCAGACGUAGCUAGUGACACUGAUGAUGACAAUGAGGGCGAUUGGCAAUCACUUCCAAAGGAAAACAAUGGUUUAUUGGCAUCAUUCAAUGAACUAAAUGAUGAUAACUAUUUGGGUCUGCGUGUAAUCCCGAAAACAUGCGAUCCCCCAAACACUUCCCCCCUCUUUGAUACCUUAUCAGUUACUACCGGCAGAACAACUCACAAUACAGCAACAGAUACAACAUUGGUAUCACCACCUACUUGCAAAGAUAUGGACGCUCAAGGACAGCAACAAUAUCAGGUACAAGACUUUAAGGAGUGGCAUGAAGUUCUGCAGGUCCCUUCAUAUAACGAUGAAUUAUUAACCAUUUUGCCUUAUGUAGUUAUCGAUUGAUUAAUUUAUAAAUUAAGUGGAUUUACACAAGUAAAAUUGAAGGAGAUUAUAAGGAAAACGAGAGGUGAAUUGUAGGAACCCGAAGAACAAGGAAGCAAAAAAUCAUAGUGUGUAUUAUACGUAUAUAUAUAAAUGGAUAUAUUUAAAGAUUUUCACGAUGUGUAUAUAUGUAUUGAAUAUAGAUUUCUAUAUAUACAUGAGCGGUCGUGUGUAUAUAAGGAAAGAUAGGGAAACACUGAAAACGGAAAAUACAAAAAUAACGCAGAUAAUUGCAAGAAAGAUUGAGUAAAAAAAGAAAUCAAAUUGCUCCUGUUAUAUAUAUAUAUUAUUUAAUGCUUAUUUCCCUUAUUAGACAACGGAAUCACUACACAUGCUCCUGAACGUAAAAUAUAUAUCUGAAUCAUAACCAGAAACGGAAUAUCAUGUAAAUAUUGGCAAAAUGACGCAUUUCAAUCUACCAAUCACGUAUGUGCAUACUUCAAUAAUUGUUCCUCACAAUUAUUUCCUUUUACUUGUGUUAAGUGCUAUAUACGUUGAUUGCUUCAGUUUUCCGUCUUUUUACAUAUCCUAACCCUCUUAUCCAUUGUUUUAUAAUUGUUUUCAAUCUACGCCCAAUAUUAUAAAUCUGUUUCCAUAUUUUGUAAUGUUAUUUUUGUUAUGUGUUCUCCAGAGAUGUUAGAUAUUUAUAUAUCAAGAGAGGAGUACAGUAUAUUAAUUUAUAUAUUCAAGAGCGUGAGAUAUAUAAAUUAGAACAGGAUACCUAAAAACAAAGAUGAGUAGAGAAGUAUAUAAGGGAAAAAAUAUGAAAAAAUAGAAAAUUAAUUGUAUUUCACUUUCGUAGUUGAUUUGAGUUUUCAUAAAAGUGGCACGUUCGCGAAAUUUCUAAAUCUCAGAAAGUUGCUUUGUAUUUCCUUUUUUGUACAACAAACCUUAGGUCGAUACCUUCAUUAGUCUUCUCCCUCGAUACAUGGAAUAGCAAAGAGACGCGGGGGUUUCUUUAUCUCGAAAUGUACAGGUUGCAGUUGGAUAAUAUUUUAAUACGCUUCCUUCAAUCUUUACACUGCGGCAAUCCUGAGUUGCAUUACAUUUAAGGCGGAUACAUUAAAUGGUAUUUUCACUCUUCAUCCGAAAAUUUACAAUAUCCUUGUGUACCUUUCACGAACAGAAGCCUAGUGGUCGGCAAGACUUCUUGAUAAGAUUCACCACUUCAAGUAUGGGGAAGUCUGUCGACAGUUUGGCUAGUUUAAAAGUUUUCAUCUCAAGUAUUUAUCCAUUGGAAGAUGAAACAUACACACGCGAGGCCAGAAGGAACGUGAAUACAAACAAAUCAACAAUUUAGUCAAAUUCGUAAUAACGGUUUUUAUAAAUAUGUAAAUAAGUUAUUUUAUAAAAUGAAAUGGAAAAUAUAUGUGAGUAAAGUCAUCGGUUAAAUCUUCAUACCAUAAAGAAAUAUGAGAUGUAUUAUUAUCAGAUUUUAGACAAAUCGAGAAAUCAACGUGUUGGUCUUAUAUGAAGAAAACAAGAAUAAAAGAUAAACCCAUUACGCGAAUAUUUAGAAGAGAUACAAAAAUGUCAAAAUAAAAAACAAGAAACUAUGAACAACAAUAUAUUUGCGAAUAUAUAAACUGA